AUGACUGCUCUCUGGAACCCAAAGGAAACAGUCAUUGCAUCGAGAAGGAGGAUGGAGAAAAUCAUCUACGACUUCUACUCUGAUCUCUUCGACAGCCAUGUCCACUUGCCUCCUCACCAUCUGGGGGAAGACGGACAAGUCAUUCCAGAGGUUCUCCCGUCCGAAAUACGACAUGCUAUCAUGUGGGUAAGAAAUCGUACGGCACCCGGUCGCGACAGAAUAAGACCAGAACACCUGAAGAACCUUCCGCCAGUACUCAUCAACACCCUGGCGAGGCUCUUUACACGUUAUCUGUCGGAAUGCAAGGUUCCUAGACAGUGGAAGACCAGCAAGACCGUGUUGUUGUAUAAAAAGGGAGAUCCACAUGACAUCGGCAACUAUCGUCCAAUCUGCCUACUGUCCGUCAUCUACAAGCUCUUUACAGGAGUGAUCCUUAAUAGGAUUGAAAAAGUCUUGGAUGAAGGACAGCCAUGCGAGCAAGCAGGGUUUCGAAAAGGAUUCAGCACAUUGACCACAUUCACACUGUUUCGAAACUUAUCGAGGUAUCACGAGAGUAGAAGAUUUCGCUCUGUCUCACCUUCAUCGACUUGA